AUGGGCCUUUCAGGGUCGCGGAGACAGUCAAUCGACACGCAGUGCGUCUGGAGACCGCCGGCACAGAGUACCGACUAUUCCCGAUUGUCCAUGUGUCAAAGCUGA